AUGGCCCUCCAGCUCUUGGCGAGCUUGGCCCUCCUCUCAGUGCCGGCCCUUGCCCACGGUGGCUUGGCCAACUACACCGUCGGUGAUACUUGGUACAGAGGCUACGACCCAAACCUGCCGCCGGAGACGCAGCUCAACCAGACCUGGAUGAUCCAGCGGCAAUGGGCCACCAUCGACCCCGUCUUCACCGUGUCGGAGCCGUACCUGGCCUGCAACAACCCGGGCGCGCCGCCGCCCUCGUACAUCCCCAUCCGCGCCGGUGACAAGAUCACGGCCGUGUACUGGUACUGGCUGCACGCCAUCGGGCCCAUGAGCGUCUGGCUCGCGCGGUGCGGCGACACGCCCGCGGCCGACUGCCGCGACGUCGACGUCAACCGGGUCGGCUGGUUCAAGAUCUGGGAGGGCGGCCUGCUGGAGGGUCCCAACCUGGCCGAGGGGCUCUGGUACCAAAAGGACUUCCAGCGCUGGGACGGCUCCCCGUCCCUCUGGCCCGUCACGAUCCCCAAGGGGCUCAAGAGCGGGACCUACAUCAUCCGGCACGAGAUCCUGUCGCUUCACGUCGCCCUCAAGCCCCAGUUUUACCCGGAGUGUGCGCAUCUGAAUAUUACUGGGGGCGGAGACUUGCUGCCACCCGAAGAGACUCUGGUGCGGUUUCCGGGGGUUUACAAAGAGGACGAUCCCUCUAUCUUCAUCGAUGUCUACUCGGAGGAGAACGCGAACCGGACAGAUUAUACGGUUCCGGGAGGGCCAAUCUGGGAAGGGUGA